AGACAAAAAAAAAGUAUUUGACGUUUGAAAAAUUUCAGAAAUUUAUUGCGCUAGUGGUAUUUUAUUCCAAAUACUGAAAAAUCCCAAACGAUGGCUAAACCGAAAACCGACGAUGCUUCCGAGGAUGCCAAGAAGAUUGUGGAUGACGCAAAGAACAUUAUUGAAAAAGCCAUUGCCGACAUCGGGAAGACUUCAGCAACAAAGCAGUUAAUUUUAGGAACUGCGUCAGGAUGGAUAACAGGUUUUCUAACAAUGAAAAUUGGAAAAGUUGCUGCCGUGGGCAUUGGUAGCGGUGUCAUUUUACUCCAUCUUGCCAAUCAGAAAGGAUAUGUUGAUAUUAACUGGGAUAAAAUUAACAAGAGGGUUGACAAGAUUAGUGACAAAAUUGAAAAAGAAACAACAGGAAAAUCUCCCGCUUGGUUUGACAAAGUGGAGAGAUUUGUGGACCGUAAAUUAGAUAAAGCUGAGGAUUUAUUGAAGAAAAAAGAAGUAAAAGCCAAGCGCUGGUACAAUAACUUUACAGGAGAUGACCACUACCGUGCCACAGAAACACAUGUGUUCCUUGCAUCAUUUGUAGCUGGCAUGGCCCUUGGAUUAAUGUGUGGCAAAUAAUCCAUUUAAAGUCUUCUACCACAGUAUUUCCAAAGUAAUCUUCACUAAAUUAUCUUUUAAAUUAUUUAUAUUUCUGUAUUGUAUGAUAUCUAACUAGCUUAUAAUAAUUGAUUAAAUUAGCGAAUAAUA